CCAAGUCCAACUCUGCGUUUGUUAAAAUAAAAUAGGAGCAGCAGAAGCGCCUGAGAUACAAAUAAUCAUCAGCGGAAUUGUAAUACCAAUAGCGAUAGAGAGAUGGGGAAGCAACCAGUGAAGAUGAAGGCGGUGGUGUAUGCGCUAUCGCCGUUUCAGCAGAAGAUAAUGCCCGGCCUAUGGAAGGAUUUGCCCGACAAGAUCCAUCACAAGGUUUCCGAGAAUUGGAUCAGCGCCGUCCUCCUCCUGGGCCCUCUCGUUGGCACCUACACGUAUGUCCAGAGAUACCAGGAGAAAGAGAAGUUGGAACAUAGGUAUUGAGUGAAGUAAGUGGAUGUUCCUCCGUUGUACUGGAAGAACUUGCAAUUGGCUGGCAACUUUGUUUUAAGUUGUACAAUUUUAUGAACUAUGUUAUGCUGUUGGGGCAACAAUAGCAUUAAUUUGAUGGUUUCUUUAAUGGAUGUUGAUUAUUGUGAACUCCAAACAAAGGGUUUUUUGUUAAAAUAAAUUUGACCAUUUGAUUGUUUUAGAU